AUGGCUGGAUCCAGCCCGCCGUCGAUGGUGCCGGGCACACCAAGCGAAAGACCAGCAGCACAUGGCAUAAUACAGUCUCCGAGUUCUGAUGGAGGUAGCCCUAGACAGGGACCCUCUUCUUUUCGCCCGGGCUCAGAACGAAAACGACGUUUGACCACUACCAGCGAAGAUGCGAGGCAACUGGAACGAUUUGGAGACACGGCAGGACCGGUCCCAGACGAUGGAGGAGCUUCCAGGAGCGUCUUGCCGCAUAGGUCUAUCUCGUCGGUGCUGCCCUCGUCCCGCACAAGGACCUCUAUUUCUGCAGUCCCCGGGUCGUCAUUUGCAACGGCGAUAGACCUCUCUACCUCCCCUCCAGUGCCGGCUCGUUCUUCUACUUCUGGCGAACGGGCCUCGCGUAAUGCUCGACAAACAAACCUGCCGUGGAUUAAUCAACCACGCUCCGUUUCGUCCAUCCAGGACAGCGUGACCCCACAGUUUCGGGUCAUGGCUGCCCCUAGAUGGCAGGCAGACUCGGAGGUAUCCGAAUGCCCAAUCUGUGGGACGGUGUUUAACUUCUGGCACAGGAAGCACCACUGUCGAAAGUGUGGGAGGGUUGUCUGCGCAGCGUGUUCCCCGCAUCGGAUCACGAUACCUAGGCAAUAUAUUGUCCGCCCUCCUGAGUUUGUUGACCUUGAAUCUUCGCCGAUUACUCUUCCUCGCUCUCCACCUGUGGUCGAUCUUACAGCCGAUGACCUUAUUCCUUCUUCUUCGUUAACGGCCAACCCUGCUCUUGGAGGAGGCGAAGAGGUUCGACUUUGCAAUCCGUGUGUGCCAGACCCCAAUCCUAAUCCCCUGGGAUUCACUCACGUGCGACCAAACGCCCAUCGAUCUACACAUUCUCUUUCUUCACCAGCGAAUAAUACCUAUCGAGUCUCAUCGGCUCUAAACCAAACCCACGAAGCUCGUCAGGAACGACACACCCUGGGCGCGCCUGAUCGUCCCGAAUUCCUCGACGACAUGUCGCGCCGCAGGUUUGCCUCCUUGACCGGCAUGUUUGGCCGGCGACGCUCCGUGCCCAACCGUGAGGUUCCCGCCGAAACCCCCUCCCAAACCCCCUCUGGACCCCCAUCUCGCCCCCCCGCCCACCAUCCUCCUCAAACCCCCUCUCUCCCCUCCGCCCACCAUCCUCCUCCAACCCCCUCCCGACCUGCCCCGGAUGAAGGAGAGUUCUGCCCAGUAUGUCGGCGCCAGUUCCCGCCGUUGACUUCCGAGCAUACCCUCGAAUAUCGCCAAGCCCACAUCCGGGAUUGCAUUGAGGGAUACCUGAAUCCAGCCGCCUCGGCCCAAUCAUCAGAUGCGCAAGGCGCUCUGCCACUCCAAGCGCCCUCCGUAACCCACAUGCUUCCUUUUGUGGCUACGGAGAAGGACUGCCUUGGACAGGACGGCCAGGCAGCUGAAUGCACAAUCUGCAUGGAGGAGUACGAGGUUGGACAGACCUUGGCACGUCUCGAGUGCUUGUGCAAAUUCCACAAGCAUUGCAUUGUGGAGUGGUUCGAGGUGAAGAGGGAGUGCCCUGUGCACAAGCUCUCCUAG